UCACCAUGUUUACAUAUAUCUCCGCGAUCUCCAAUUAAAAGGUUCAGCAUACCCUUUUGUUUGUUUUCACUUAGUCGAAUGUAGAGGUGUUCAGCUGGAGUGUUUGGAUCCUCUAGAGUUGUAAAAUAACUCUACAAGGUAGAGUUUGAGCAAUAUCAACCAUUGAAUAAAAAAUCAAUGGGUCCGACCUAACUUUGUCGGACCAGGUCGGGAUGGGCCAAAUGUAGAAGUUAAACCGGUCAGGAUGGAUUCGGGUCCUUCCAACCCGGUCCGUUGAACAUCCUUUAUAUGUUAGUUCGGUGAUUAGCUUGUUGAGUUUGUCGGUCCAUGACUCGUGAAAGCGGUGAAAACUCAUCAUGAUAAUAUCAAUAUCAACGUGUAUGUUUACAUUACUAUGUUAUGUGGGUAGAGGGUUUGAUAUCUACCUGUUUAAUUUGGAGGGGGGAAGGGGGCAAAUGUACGAGAUUAAAAUUGUUAAAUUGCAGCGGCAAUAGGAGGAGAGAGAAAGAAAUGGGAAUUCAAUGGAAAAAAAAAAAAGCAAAGCUCUAAGAUUUCCUCCGGCAAUAAUGGUGGAGGAGGAAAAAUGACAACAAAAAAUGAAAUUGGAGAGAGAAAGUCAGAAGAGAAGAGGAGAAAGAGAGUCAGAAGAGAAGAUGAGAGAGAGAGUAAGAGGAGAGAGCCCUUUCUUCACCCUAGUUGAGCCGAUUUUUAGCCCGCCCAAUUAUAUUUCUCAUACAACCCGUUUUCCAACCCAAUCCUUUUUGAGCCCGAUCCUCCAAAGCCCUCUUACAAAAGGGUUGAAUCAAGACUCUAAAUAUGGGUGCCCGACCCGUUGAACACCUCUAGUCGAAUGGAAAGAUCAUUUAUGUUGGAAUCUUGAAUAAAAGGAAUUUGAAGGUGAUAAUUGGGUUGCUAAAUGAUGACCUAUAAUUUUCUAGGAACGUCCUAAAUACGUAUAAAAUACGCUAUUUUUAUACUUUUCAUUUUUUCACUUUUCCCCCCUUCAUUCACUUCCUCUUCCCCUUCUUCUUCCACACCACCACUGUCGCCGCCACUAGGGGUGUGCACCGGUCCAGGAUCGGACCAGAAUUUUUUCGGUGUGGUCCGGUCCUAGACCGGUUGGACCAUAAUCUAUAUUUUUUUUUAAAAAAAUAUUCUUUAUUUCAUUUAAAUAUAUUUAUAAAAUAAAUAUAUUAAAAAUUAUUUUUAAUAACAUUAAUCCUAAAGUAAUAAAUAGUAGGUUUUUAACUUUCUAACUUUCUACCUUUUUAACUUUUUUUAACUAAUAUAAAAGAAAUUCCGGUCCAACCGGUCCGGACCGGACUGGAAACCCGUACUCGGGAAUUUUUGUGGAUUGAGGACCGAACUGGAAUCUUUGAUCUGGUCCAAAUUCUGGUCUGAUCUGGUCCAAAUUUCGGUCCGGUCCGGUCCAAAUUCCGAUCCAGACCGGUUUGUGCACACCCCUAGCCGCCACACAACCACUGGCGUCGCCACACCACCUACGCCACCCCGUCACCAAAUGUUAAUUAAACCUUGGUCUCCUAAAAUUUCCAAAACCUCUGUUACUUCAAAACCUUCAUCAGAUCGGUUCUCCAAGGAAUAGAUUGAUUGAAAGUAACAACUGUAAACUAUUUCAAUGAUUUACAAACUCGAUUUGAGGACUCGUACUCAGGGGUAGAGUUUGAGUAGGACAUGAAGAUAAAGUCUCAAAAUCAAAGAAAAAUCAUCCUCCAAAUUCAAAGAAUGAGCUUGUUUUGAGUAGAGUAGUUACAAGUUGAAACGACAAGAGGAACACGAAAUGUACAUGGAAAAAAUAGUUUAGUGUCAAGUUUUUUUGACACGUUUAUAUAAACGGUUAACAUGUGUUUUACUGUUUAAUAAACGGGUUGGUUUAGUGUUGAGAUGUUCAACCACAAACUGACACGAGUAACCGACUUUACACAUUUAACUUAAACAUAUAGGAAAAUUCAACAUUUUAGCACCAUUUGGGAUAUAAGUUGCCAAAACAUCCACGAAUUCUUCAAAUCUUUUUAAUAUACUAGCAAUUUAUUACCUAAAUAAACAUAGAUCGAUAAAUAUUGAACAUAAAAAUCAACUUAUUGUUGAAAACUUUUAGGGAUUAUAAUUUGAAUAAAUAGGUUAAGUGGGUUGGCACGGGUAAAAUCUUAAUCAAAGGGUCGGGUUAGUGUCAAGUGGUUUCGAUACGAUUAGUUAAACAAGUCGGGUUAGUGUCGAGACUUUUUACAAUUAGUAAAUAACGCAAAUAUUAAAUAACAUAACACGGCCUAUUUGACAACUCUAGUUUUCAGCAGCAGAAGCCGAAUAGACUAGAAACUUAUAAAGGACUGUUAGUUAGCUUGGUAUGGUCCAUUUAUUCUUGUCAAAUGUCAUGCUCCAUGAACAAACAUAUGUUCAUCUAAAAAAGGAAGCAUGACUUUUAUAAAGAGAUACCUAACCAUUCAAACGGCCACGUAGAACUGGAGGACAAAUUCUCCAUAUAAACAUCAAGAAAGAGCAUGAUAUAGCUGCUAGCCUGCUAGUGUGAAUGCAAACAAUAGUAGCUAGUAGCUCAUUUGCUGGUAAAAUCAUGAAAUCAACGGCUCGUUUGUUUCGAAGUUAGACAUUUCAUGCAUCCAAGAUCAACUCAGGGUGUGUAAGUGUUUCUGCUCAUAUUCAAAACCACAAAUUUCAAGGCUUAUAAGGUAUAAUUAGGGUUAAUAAUAUUUAAACACAAGAUAAAAUAACAUAAUUACGUGUAAUAAUCAGGACUAUCAGGUCUAAUAGUUAAUUUAAUAUUUAUUUUUUCAAAGAAGUUACACAAAAGGAGUAUACGACUUCUUAGCUGCUCAAAGAAAUGUAUAAAUCUAAGAAAAUAUUCGACCCUCGAAAAAUUUAUAUUACCAAAUACCAAUGUUACUAAAAUACUUGAAAAAUAUAUUAUCUUCAAACUAAAUAUUUAAAUUACAUCUCUGCUAUUGUAAAAUAAACAUUGAAUUACCAUAAAAUAAAACAAUUAAUAAACAAUAAAAGAAAAAACCAUGAAAUCAACGGCUCGUUUGUUUCGAAGUUAGACAUUUCAUGCAUCCAAGAUCAACUCAGAGUGUGUUUCUGCUCAUAUUCAAAACCACAAAUUUCAAGGCUUAUAAGGUAUAAUUAGUGUUAAUAAUAUUUAAACACAAGAUAAAAUAACAUAAUUAGGUGUAGUAAUCAGGACUAUCAGGUCUAAUAGUUAAAUUCAAUAUUUAUUUUUUCAAAGAAGUUACACAAAAGGACUAUACGACUUUUUAGCUGCUCAAAGAAAUGUAUAAAUCUAAGAAAAUAUUCGACCCUCGAAAAAUUUAUAUUACCAAUGUUACUAAAAUACUUGAAAAAUAUAUUUUCUUUAAACUAAAUAUUUAAAUUACAUCUCUGCUAUUGUAAAAUAAACAUUGAAUUACCAUAAAAUAAAAUAAUUAAUAUAUAAACAAUAAAAGGAAAAAGAAAAACAUUGGUUAAUAAUUCUACCAUAUGCUAUUAUAUAGUGUUUGUUUGCUAGACCGCUAGCUCUAAAUCUCAAACGUUACUCGUGUAGUAAUGUUCCACAACGGCUACUCAUAAUCUACUCCAACCGCUACCCGCUACUACAAUCACUACCUUACCAAGCACUCAUAAUUUUCUUAAGUAGCGUUUUGAUCUUAUCAAACCGCUACCUCAAACGCUAGUGUCAAACAGGGCCUAAGUUUAUUUUGGAUCAUAUAUAGUCCAUCAAGUGGAGUAACCGUAUCCUAAGGGAAUUCUCAAAUUCAUAUAGUAACAAUUGGUUGCCUAAUUCGAUGCUCCCUACCUCAAUAUCUCAUUAUUCCGAAAAACAAAAAACUCAUGGGCAACUCAAUUUAACAAUUGUUACGAUAUGAAGACACUGGAAGCUUUAUGUUGAUAUGAUCAAAUAUUCCAUUCUCUCAAUCAACUCUAUGUCACAAAGAACAUUAAUUUAAAUUUAAAGAAAACUAUAAACGAACCAAAAAUAAGAAUAUGUACCAUGGAACCCAUCUCUAGAAUAACAAAUUUAGAAUAACAAAUUUAAAAAAUGUAAGAGUGGAAGCAAAAGAAAAAUACCCACCAACAGAUAAUUACUAUAUAAACCAUAUCAAGUUCUUCUUUAGUAGCAAACCAGCAAGAAAUUCACAUCCCCCCCCCCAAAAGAAAAAGGAAAAAAACUCUUUUACCAUGCAUAUAUGCAAGCCUGCUCAAUAUGGUAACGCUUGUUGUCACAUUGAUCAAACAAGACAUCAAAAAAUUGGGCAAAACAAUGAUAAGAAGCAUCAUGUCCACUUCUGGCAUGAGCAGAAAAAUGAGCAGCCACAGGCUAACAAGCAUCAACCUCAUGUUGUUGCACAGUAUGCACACCCUAAACAUGGACAUAAUGAGCACAAAAAUGGACAUAAUGGGCAUGUACAAGCCACUAGCAAGCACCGUCACAAAGCGCCUCAGGCGCAGAGUCACAAGCUACCUGGACAUAAUGGGCAUGGACAAGCCACUAACAAGCACCGUCACGACGCGCCUCACGCGAGGAGUCACAAGCUACGUCAACGUUUCGGCCACGGAGAUCGCGUUGCUUCGGAUGUUGAUGAAUCAGAAACAAUUGUUAUUGAGAGGAAGAUUGAAGAACGUGUGGUGAUAAGUCAUGUUAAGAAGUGUCAUGGCCACAAGGAAGGAGCUAAGUAUAAGGAAGGUGUCAAGCAUCUAGAUAGAUGCUAAUUUAUGAAUGGAUGGAGCUGUUGUGCAUGGAUUAGUACCAUGCUAAAGUAUCAAGGGGUGUGAUAUCACUUAGAAUAAAUUGGAUUAUUUGUUGAGUGAUAGUUGAAUUUAAUGAUAUUUUGUUUGUUUUCAGUUUGAUGUUGGAUUUUAAAAAAUUAGAUGGCAAGAAAAGAACAUGCCGAUGAGUGUUUGUGGUUGUAA